AUGAACACGCUGUGCUUUGCCGUGCUCGCCUCGGUGAUCUUCAUGUUUUGGUCGCUGUUCUACCACAUUUUCCCGACUUGUCUGAUGGACUGGAAGGAGCUCUGGGUCGACACGGCCUUCUGGCACGUGCUCUUCUGCUCGAUUCUUGUGGUGAUCGUCAUCUUGUGGCGGCCGUCGCAGAACAAUCAGCGCUACGCCUUCACCCCUCUGCUUGACGACUCGGAAGACGACAAUGACGACGAGCUGUUCUCGAACUCGCAAGUGAUGGAAGCUGUAAAGGAGCGGAAUACAGAUGACGUGAAAGAGAGGAGAGAACAGAGAGAGCAACGAGAUCGGGAUAACCGUUUGGAGGAAGAGCUCCGCUGGAUUGAGAACAACAUCCCGAGUAGCAUAGCUGAGCAGCUGCUCAUGGAUGACGAUGAGGAUCAAGAAGCCCGGGACCUAGAGCGUAACAAAAUGCUU